AUGACAUUGACCACCAAUGGAUCCGCAAAACAGAUUGAUGCACAAGCAUCAAUAUCUAACUCAACUAUUCAGCUGAAAUUUAGCGAAUCAUUUCUUCAACUGCUUGCGACAACAUACGAUAGCAAUAGUAAUACGUACCCAUCAUAUUCUUCUCGAAAGCGAUGUGCAUCUACAAUUAGUGAAAAGACUAUUUGUAACGAAAAUAGAUCUACAAAUAAAAGGCAACGAACUUUAUUUGAAAGUAUUCCUGUUCGAGGGUGUGAUUUAUCAACUAAUGGAGUACAACAACAGAAUAGUAAGAUCACGUUUCAAUUACUAUUAUUUCUCUUCAAUGCUAUGCUAGGAAUCAUGCCACAAAGAUCAGUUAGUAUUCCCAAUGCUACAGAUAAUAACUUCGAAUGGUUGAAAGAUUUCAUGCGUCAAUCUUUAGAUACCAUACGUGAUGCAGUUGUUCAAGCUUGUAUAACAGCUAUAUCUAGUCAAUCAAUGCGACAAGGCCACUCGAGAAUCUCUACUCGAGAUAUCAAUGUUAAUAAUCAUCUAAUGCAUUUCAAUCAUAAUGAUCACGAAUAUUAUAUACCGUCCACGGCACGGGAUAACAAUAAUUUCGUGUCAGUUCAAAAAAUUACGGAUAAUGAAGAUAAUCGUAAAGUGCGCAUUCAUCAUCGUGCACGAUCAAAUCCUUAUCCGAUGUAUAGAAGUCUAAUGCGAACACCAGUUAGCGAUAUCCAAGUGCCUUGGUCUUUUCAAUGGCCAGACUAUCGACCGCUAAUUUUCACUGCUCAAGAAGUGCGUAGAAAUUCAAGUGCAGAUCCAGAUUUAUUAAAUCCAUCAUUAGUUGCCUCACUACGUUUUAAUACUGUUGAUGGCGUAAUUGAUCGCCGCAGUGUCUAUCAAUAUUAUCAAACCGACGCUCAGAGUGGACUUCCAUUGAAUCCAGUUGGUCGCACAGGAAUUCAGGGACGCGGAAUUCUUCUUCGAUGGGGACCCAAUGUGUAUCAGUACAUAAUGAUCUGUCGAUGGAAGCGAGACGUGCAUGGACGACUACUUGUGCAUCCAACCAGUGGGAAAAAUCUUCUUGAGAUUCUUCUAGAAAUUCAAGGAGAUGACUAUGAGACAACUGAUUUGAUCCUGACAGGUGGUUUACGCGUAUUCGGAAGUCAUCUUCCACCCCAACUGCAAGAUCGCUUAGGACGUUUUCUUAUUCAUGCAGAUAUGAUACGCAAUCGUCCGACAAAUAUGGCAUCUUCGUUUUAUUCAUUAAAUCAAUUAUUCCAACAUGAACCUGUCCCAUGGAAAGGUGCAUACCUUGACGAUGCUCGUAAUACAGACAAUGCUUGGAUAGAAUUAGCAAUCGGAUACGUCUUAGAUGAUGAUGAGAAUCAUCGUUUGACAUCGUGUAUACCAUCACUUCGUGAGGAACAACUUCGUCACUUACUACGGCCACGUUUUGUUUGGAAAGAUGUACAAAACACAAGUGAUGUUGGACCACGAACUCAUUCUCGCCUAAUACGAAAUCUAGCUCAAAAACUUGAUGCACAUUUCUAG